AUAAUUCUACCAAAAGAUCAAAUUAAAGAAUUUUAAAUGUUGUUGAAAAAUAUGAAAAGUAGCAAUAUCAUUCCAAAGUGCUGCAAAAAUACCUUGUGUUGAACUGGAGUGCUUUCCAUCAGGAAAAGGGGCAGUGGGAAGGGACCAUGGGAUAUCACUGAAUCUCCUUGAGUUUCUGGUCACACUGCCCAUGACGCACCCCAUCUUUACACCACACCUGUGCCAUAAUUCCUAUGUGCCCUCAAUUCUUUUGCAACUCUAAACCCCAGCAAAAUACCCUUAAUUAGGUGCAGGCCAGUUGCAAAAAUCAGAUAAAGCUCCCUGGCAGGCAGCUGCUUCCAGGAGCUGCAUCUCCUGAUGGAGAGGAGCGUUGUGCAACUCGGGAAGAGCAUCACCAGCCGUGGGCUGGCAGCGGGCAGAGCAGCUGUGGUGAGACCAGGGUGUCACCUCACAGGAAAGCUGCAGACAGAAGCAGUGGUGGCUCUCUGGCCCAGGGGACUGACCAGGUACCUGAACCCCCCUGGCAGGACCAGGUGAGUACCCACUGAUGCUUCUCCUAAAGAACCUGGGAUUAGGGAAGCGGUGCAGAGGGGAUUUACAGGAGCAAGUCACCACCCUGCACCGAAACCUGCCUUGAAUGACCUUCCCCUGCUCCAUUUCUUUCUUCCUUUCCCCUCCAAAAUAGAGUGGGAGAUUCCUAAACAGCCUCUCAAUGACUGCUAAGGCAGGGAGAGCACUAUGAACCAAGGGGGUUGGCUGUUUUCUAGCCCAGGAGGCAUUUUGUAUGGGGAUUAGUGCUUUCACAGCAAUUACACAAAUAACAUCUCUGCAUAAAUAUUAGAGAGGCUUUGGAGCGACUGAAGCAUCUCUUUAGGCUAAAUUUGAGGGAGACAUGGGCUAUGGCAGCAGCACCUCCCCAUAAAUAAUUGUAUUUAUUUACAAGAGCUGUUAAUCAUAUCUGUUCACUCACCCUGCGCUGCAGUUGAGUUGAACGGGACAGGGAGCUGAAAAGGAGAAUUGGGUUAAUUCAGAGGAGAAAAGGGCAGAGGAAUGGGUGUUGAGUUUGGACACAAAGCUAAGAAAGGGGUGUUUUCCACCAGUUGAAGGUCAUUUUGCUGUUUCAUCAGAAAUUUGGGACUCCUUGAGUGCCUGACCUCGACCAGCUCCCGCAGCCACCAGCAUGGACAGCGAUGACACCAUCACUGAAGAGGUCUGCAGGGAGGAUGACGUUGGGGAUGGACAGCUCCUGGAGGUGAUGGUGGCUGGCUACCCAGUGCUGCUGGUGAGGAACAGGAUGGAAUUCCAUGCCCUAGGCAGCAAAUGUCCCCACUACGGUGCCCCGCUGAGCAAAGGGGUCUUGAGAGGGGAGAGGCUGCGCUGCCCCUGGCACGGGGCCUGCUUUAACAUCAGGACUGGAGACAUUGAGGAAUACCCUGCUCUGGACUGUGUCUCCUGCUUUAAGGUAACAGUGGAAGAUGGAAAGGUGUUUAUUACAGCAAAAAAGAAGGACCUGGAAAGCAGCCUGAGGGUGAAGGACACAAGCAGGAGGUGCCUCCUCAACAGGAACACAAUGCUGCUGCUGGGGGGAGGUGUGGCUGCCCUGGUGUGUGCAGAGACUCUUCGCCAGGAGGGAUUCACUGGCAGGAUCAUCCUGGCCACCAAUGAGAAACACGUUCCCUAUGACAAGUCCAAACUGAGCAAGGAAAUGAACUUGAAAGCUGAGGACGUCUACCUGAGGAAACCCGAAUUCCUCGAGGCUCAGGGCAUAGAGCUCUGGACAGAGAAAGAGGCAGUGUCCGUGGAUUUCCAGAAGCAGAAGGUUCGCUUCAUGGAUGGGUCCUCUCAGAAGUACCACCAGCUGCUCAUUGCAACAGGCAGCCACUGUGGUUUCCUCAAAGUCCCAGGUGCAGACCUGCAGAACAUUUGCACACUUCAAACCCCUGAAGAGUCCAGCAAGAUCUUGGAGCUGGCAACUGGGAAGAAUCUGGUGAUUGUAGGAGCUUCAUUCAUAGGAAUGGAGGUGGCUGCCUUCCUCUCAGACAAGGCUGGAACCAUCUCAGUGGUGGAAAGAGAGGAGUUCCCUUUCCAGCAUGCCCUGGGUCCUCAGGUUGGAGGUGUCACCAUGAAGAUGCUGCAAAAUAAAGGGGUGAAGUUCCACAUGAAAACAGAACUCUGUGAGCUGAAAGGAAAGGAUGGAAAGGUCACAGAGGCUGUCCUUGCCAAUGGAAAGAAUCUCCCUGCAGACGUGGUAGUGGUGGGAAUAGGGUCGACCCCCAACUCAGCAUUUCUGAAGGGCACCCCCAUUGCCAGAGAUGACAAAGGUGCCAUCCUGGUGAAUCUGCACAUGCAAACCAACAUCCCGAACGUGUUUGCUGCGGGGGACGUGGUCACCUUCCCGGUAGCGCUGCUCGAUGGGGCCAGGUCCAGCAUCCACCACCAACAAGUGGCUGAGGCCCAUGGCCACUGUGCUGCUUUAAACAUGCUGAAGAGAGGGAAGGAGUUGCACACUGUUCCUUACUUCUGGACCACGUUGCUUGGGAAAAGCAUCCGCUAUGCAGGCUGUGGGAAGGGAUACACGGACACUGUUGUGAAAGGCAGCCUGGAGCAACAGAAAUUCCUGAUCUUUUACAUCAGGGAUGGCCGUGUGACUGCAGCUGCCAGCCUGAACUGUGACCCCAUGGUGUCUCUGAUUGCAGAAGUUUUUUACUUGGGGAAACAAAUCUCCAAAGAAGAAGCAGAGGCCUGUGACAUUGGCAACAUCCCCUCACUGGCACAAAGCUAAGCUUGGUGUGUGCCCCUUGUGAGGGGUUCACAACCAAGUGUUAACAGCUCCACAUCCUCCCACCCUGGAGCAAUAAAACCAUCAUCAAAGCUGAA